UCGGGUUUUUCGGUUCGGGUUCGGUUCGGAUUUCGGGUUCCGGAUUUUAUGCCCAGGCCUAAUGUUUUCACUAGAUCUUCAAAUAUAGAGGUAUGAAAAGUAAUACUUUGAAUAAUUGUGUCCCAUGGAUAAAAUUUUGCUACAAACACACAAAAGUCCAAAAAUAAAAGCAGGCCCAUAAAGUCAUUAUACUAGUAAUUGCCACACUAAUAAUGAGCCAUAGAAAUAAUUAACUUUUCGACUAUGAAUAUGAAGAACAUAUCACUCCCUCAAGUUUUCUGGGCUCUUAUGGAACACGUUUUCUCAGUCAGGAAGAUAAUUAUUUAACUGAAUGACAUAAUAAAUUUGUUUCGUGUAUUUCUUAAUGUUUGUAGUGUUACAUUUCUAUGUCGAGCUCAGUUUUGCUAUUCUUAUAGUGGUAAACCACGCGUCUUUCGUCGGGUGGCACAAAACGUUCCGUGGAUUUUAAAAGACCUGAGUUCGAAUCCGCUACCAACUCAAAUAAAUACGGCGCAUGGCCACCAGAGCUUUUCAUAUUUUCUCACCGGAAAAAUGUUUACCCUUUUUUUUAUUCUUAUAGUAGUAACUUAUAUGCGGAAUUAUUAUACAAAAAUUCUAGUACUAUUUACGUUUUGUAAAUACCAAUCAGAAGCAUGUAGGGUGAGAGAUUUAUUGGUUUGCUGUUCUUGGAGUUAGAAAAGCAGAACCAAUAUAUAAAUUGAUCAUCCAUUACACUGUUCUGUAUAUAUACGAAGUCACCAAUUUAGUUCAUAUGUACCUAACCCAAAUUACCAUUGACCUAGAUUUACUCCAUUUUCUCCCUCUAUAUAUAGAUCCACUCUAUCAUUCAUCUACACAAAACACACUAUACAAACUCCAAAAAAUAAAGCCAAAACUUUCCUUGCUUCACCAAUAAUUAACCCCUACUAUUAUAAAGUUAAUCAUAGGAAAUGGCUUGUCCAAGGGUCUCCAUUUUGACUAUUUGCUUAUUACUUUUUGUUGUAGGAUUUGCCUCGCAACCUUGUGAAGCUAGAAAGGUUUUAAUGCCUUACAAUGCAAGCAAGGGAUUGUUUCUUAGUGCCUUACCAAAGGGUAAUGUGCCACCUUCGGGUCCAAGCGACAAGGGUCACACUUUUCAGCCGGAGGAUUAUUUGGACAAGCAUAUGGUUCCGGAGAUUCACCGCCAACUAGGAUCAGUCCCUAGCCCCGGCGUUGGUCAUUAGGCACAUUGAUUACCGACUUUAUAUAUUUAUUGUAGCUUUCAUUUCAUGAUAUUAUCAUAUAUCAUACCUUACGGCGUCUUAUGAAGAAUGGUUGUGCCUGUGUGUCGUUAUAUAUGAUCUAAUACCAAGUACUGAAAUAGAUGUGUUUUGUGUGUGUGUGAUCAGUAACUGAGAAUAAAAAAUCAUUAUUUUGCAAUUCACUUUGACAUCUGUUUAACGUGCAUGUGCUAUGGUAUAUGUAUUUAAUUACAUCCAGCUCUUUGUCGCGUUCAAACACUACAAGAAAACAGGGAGAUUCUGAUGG